AUGGCACCAACAGCAGGUCCAUCCAACCUCAAGCAGUCGGGAGAGAGAAAGAGGAAAGCCGGAGGGAACGGGAAGAAAGGCAAGGUAUUUGUGGAAGACAAAAAAGAUCUCCUAUCCCUAAUGUCAUCCAUAACAUCAAACAAAGACGCUCAAGCAGAAUCAAAAGUAUCAAAGCGGAAAGCAGCCAUAGAGGAAUCCGAUCAGAGCUUGUCCGAAGAGAAGAAUAAGAAAAGUCAGAAAUCGAUAGAGAAGGAAAAUGCUUUGGAAAGAACCAAAGCUGCUUUAAUAGAGAAACAGCGAAUGAAGAAGAAUCGCAAAUCGACAUCAACUACUUCGACGAAAGACGCAUCUGCUCAAUCGUCGACUGAUCAGCCCAAAAAGAAGAAAGUAGGUUUUGCUUAG